CAGCUUGCAUCUCAACACCUAGUAUCAUCUCUGCUCGAUCGAUCCAUAGAUCCCAUUCCCACCCAAGAUGCAGCUGCUCCCGGCAGCCUGCCGUAUCCUCUCCCUCGUCCUCGUACUGCUGCUCCUCUCAGCCACCGGCGCCGCACCAGUCGAUGGCGACACGGCGUCCAGCAACGCGGCGGCAUUGACGUCGGCGGCCGGCGGCAACUCCUCAGCGCUGACAUCGGCGGUGGACGAGACCAUAGAGACGUACCUCUGCCACAUCUGCCUCGGCCGCGACCUGUUGAACAGGAGGGUCUGCCCCACCUACUGGCCCGACUGCCACGCCCUCUGCGACCCGCACCCGCCGCCCGCCGCCGGCGCGGUUCCCGCCGGCCCUCCUGCGUUGCCGGCCGUCCCCAACCGCGAUGAUCCGUGCUACGUCGUGAAGAUAUACAACAACGGCACCCACACCGUCGUCCAGUACCUGGACUGCAGGCUGACCCGCUGGUGCUCCCUCACGUGUGGCGGAGGCGACGACGUGAGAGCCUUGGGUGCUGCUGCGACCUCCCCCGCGCCGGCAACUCCGUCGUCCCUUCAGGGCAUGCCGCCGCCGCGCGUCGCCGAAAGGCGGGUGUGCAACUCGCAGGUCACGGCUCGGGGUCGACCUGUCCCCGGUGGCGCGCGCGCACGCUCUCGGCUCGGAUGAAUGCGCAUAUCUGGGUGUGUUGUGAUGCCACGAUUGUUCUCCAAGCUUACAUCUUCGACAGGCAAAAUAAUAGUAGUAGUACCACUUUAAAGAUGUAGCAUCAACAUGGGAGGGAAUAAUAACGGAGCCGCCAGCCAUGCUCUGUUCAUCCGCGCCUCCCAUGGCUUUAUGUGUAACGAACGCUUUCGAAUUUAAACGGGCCUCGUUUGCUAA